AUUUUGAUGAGAUGUGUUUUAUUGUUUACCUGUAGGGCAUUGAAUUUUUGCCAGAUUUGUAAGCUGCCUUGAGUCCCCUCCGGGGUCGAGAAAGGCGAGGUAGAAAUAAAUAAAUAAAUAAAUAAAUAAAUAAUAGACAGAUAAACAAGGAUCUGUUUUAAAGGAUCUGGCCAUAGCACAGUUAAUACGCAACCUCAAGUAAAAAAAAUUAAAAGAUCAAUAGGAUUGGCAUUACAAAAGCAGGAGAGGGGGAGCAGAGAUCUAGAGAGUUGAGAGAGAGAGAGGGAGAGAUUAAGAGAGGAGAGAGAGAGAGAAGGAAGAAGCAAAGCAGAUGUUGGCUGGGGAGGGGGAGAUGGAGAGAUGCAGAGAGAGAAGUAGCUCAAGGAAAUGAAGCAGAGUCACAGUCGAGAUCUGUACAGCACAACUUGCAGAGUUCCUCCUGCUUUCUUUCCCCUUGGUUUUGGAGACGAGUGGAGUAAGGGAGCUUCUCAUCGCUUCCCAGUCGUUGCUUCUGGAUGGUGAAGAAGACCCAAAGGAGGCCAGGCAGUGCCUUGCCCACCUCUUCUCUACCGAGCCCUUUCUCUCCAAUGGGGAGAUGCCAGACAGCUGGAAUGGAUCUACAGACAGCCUGGAAGCACGAACUGCAGGCAUCAUUGUGCCAGUGGUCUUCUCCCUCAUCUUCCUCGUGGGCACUGUAGGGAAUGGCCUGGUGCUUGCCGUGCUGCUCCGCAACGGGCAGGUGAAAUAUAACACUACCAACCUCUUCAUCCUCAACCUGGCUGUGGCAGACCUCUGCUUCAUCCUCUUCUGCGUCCCUUUCCAGGCCACCAUCUACACCUUGGAUGGAUGGCUCUUUGGUGCCUUUGGGUGCAAGGCAGUACAUUUCUUCAUCUACCUCACCAUGUAUGCCAGCAGUUUUACCUUGGCAGCUGUUUCUGUAGACAGGUAUUUGGCUAUUCGAUAUCCUCUGAAAUCCCGAGAUCUCCGUACCUCUCGCAAUGCCGCUCUGGCCAUUUUCAUGAUUUGGACGUUGUCACUGCUUUUUGCAGGACCAUAUCUCAGCUACUUCCAAAUAGUCCAGUAUCAAAAGGUGCCCAUUUGUGUUCCUAUUUGGGAGGAUCAGCGCCGCAAGAUUUUGGACAUUCUUACCUUUGUCUUUGGCUAUGUCCUCCCUGUCGUUGUGGUCAGCCUGGCUUAUGCUAGGACCAUUAAAUUCCUGUGGACUGCUGUAGACCCCAUUGAGAGGAUCUCUGAAUCUCGUAAAGCCAAGCGUAGGGUCACCAAAAUGAUCAUUGCGGUGGCUGUCCUCUUCUGCCUUUGCUGGCUGCCUCACCACCUGGUGAUCUUGUGCUUUUGGUUUGGCUACUUUCCCUUCAACCGGGCCACCUACGCCUGCCGCUUGGCUUCUCAUUGCCUGUCCUAUGCCAAUUCCUGCCUCAACCCCAUUGUCUAUGCUCUGAUCUCCAAGCACUUUCGCAAGCGGUUCAAGCAGGUCUUCACAUGCCUUCUUGUCCAAGACAAGAACAGGAAGAAGAGAGGUGGAAACAAGGUCCAUGUGGCCAACGUCACCAAUGGUUUAGUCAACCACACCGCUGGCUUUUAUGGAGGGAACACUGAAGUAACCCAGCUGCAUGAGGAAAACAUCAGAUGCUAUCAAGGCCUGUUGCUGAAAGAAGCUGAAGAGGUGCUUCCUGAAGCAUGGUCUCAUCAGAUACAAGACACUGCCAUCUCUGAACAGAGAGGGCUAAUGGUUGACGAAGGUUCUGGAACAAUUGAUAAGAACCCACAGGUAGUGACAAUACCACAAGGAGAACUGUAACUUUCUAAAUAUAUAUGACAGAUUAUAUAAAUAGAUUGACAUUUCUGUUGAGCAUGAUAACCCUAUUCCCAGACUGGGCCCUGCUAUUAAGACAAAUGUCUCAGGCAACAGAUUAAUGGAGACAGUGAUGGCAGUUCUUCAAAAGUCUCCAGGUGUUCCUCUCUUUGGAAGCGGAAAACAACACAUGCCAUAUGGCGUGCAUUUGACCCCCUUAAAAUAACCUAAUGUCUCAGGUGUGGUACAGGAUGCCACCCCAUCAGCUCAAUUAGAUUCUAUUACUGGGAUGAGGAAAAGGAUGCCUUCUUGUCCUUUGGCUCAGGUACCAUCCACAUCAGACUAUGUGUUGAUGGGAAAUAAGCUCUUUACUGAGACACUCAGAUGACCUAUAAUUCCUCAAUGAGAAUGUCAUCUUUUUCUAGUGGAAGUUUUGUUUUCACAGUUCCAGUUAUAUCCUCUUCUAACGGAAAUGACCACAGAAACGAUAGAUAAUUCAUUAUUUCCUUAUAAAUGAAAUUUCUAAAUGGGUGCCACAUACUGUUGCUGAAAUAAAGGGUCCAUAGAUAUAUAUACUUGUGAACAGAAGUGGUUGUGGGUGAACAUAUUGGCUUUGCCCCUUUCCUGGGUAGUUGAGAUUAAAACCCAGAAUGGAUUCACUGCUUCAAUAACAGGAUAAGAACCAGAACCUGCCACUCAAAAGCCUACAUUUUUAUCUUGUCAAAAGCUUGGACUUUUUUUUAAAAAAAAAUAUUUGAACAUUUCUUGUAAACACUGUAAAAAUGUUUGAGAGGGGCAAAUCAGGCUGGUGGCACUUUGCAAUUUUGUCAUAACAUAUUCUAGGGAGAGGGAGGGUGGGAGAAUGUCAGCAGGUUGGAAAUAGUGAGUGGAGAAAUGUUCAUUUUGCCAUCCAAUUGCAGCAGAAAGUGAGUGUCGAGAUUUUGAAAUCAUCUUUUCUCCUCCCCUUUAAAAAAUGUUUUGUUCUUCUCAAUUCUGAGCCAUUUUGAGUUCUAAUUUUGUGAAAAAGAAAGAUUACUACAACAAUGUUAUUAUUAUAAGUAUAAUUAUUUGCUGAAAAGUAGAAAAAAACAAUUGGGGACUCCUAAUCAAAUGUUUCCAUGGUUUUGGAAUACUCCCACUAUCUAGCUUUUUUAUUAUGUCAGAAGCGACUUGAGAACAUACUGCAAGUCGCUUCUGGUAUGAGAGAACUGGUCAUCUACAGUGUCGUUGCCUAGGGGGAUGCCUGGAUGUGUUACCAUCCUGCUGUGAGGCUUUUCUCAUGUCCCUGCAAGCUAGAGCUGACAGACGGGAGCUCACCCCGUCUUGCGGAUUCAAACCAGCAACCUUCAGAUCAGCAGCCCAACCUUCAGGUCAGCAGUUCAGGCAGCACAAGAGUUGAACCCAUUGUGCCACCUACUAUCUAGCUGCAAGACACUCAGAUUCAUCUCUGACACUAACUCUAGAUAGUGGAGGAUAGUGGUCCUGAACAGGUGCCAUUCUCACCUAAAGGCUUCCCAUAUAGUAGAGGAGUAAUGAAGUUGGGAGGCAUGUUGGGCUCAGCUGAAACCAUUGUGCAAUACAUCUCUCUCUGCUGAUACUGCAUUACCAAAUAUCAGUAGUUCAGUGGAUUUUAAAAAUUAGAUCACGUAUAACUUCAAAAAGCAGGUGGGCUUGGAGGUGUUUGCCUUGUUUGCAAGCCAUUGCAUUUCUAGACAGCAUGGGGGCUUAGAAGCAAGGUGCAUACUAUUUGCACACUUUGUUUUAAAAGGGAAAAUGGAUGGGUGGUGGGUGUCAGUGGUCCAGCAAGAGGUUAGAAGUAAUUGCAGAAAGACAUGCGGCUGUAUAUCGUCCACUUUAGAUGAGAAUUUUCAACCUUCUGGCAUACAUUCUUUCCCAAAUGCACAUACCUCAUUUCUUCCAGAAUAUCAAUAAAACCUAGGGACUUGAAGAGAUUAAUUCCUCCCUCUGUUUUCUUUUGUCUCUCCAACUGGUAUGCCCAAUAUUCUAUGGAUGAAUAUAGAGUUUUCUGCUUGCGAGUUCUGAUGCGCUCCCCAGGAUUGCAGUAAAGAUUUCUAAGUAUCUCACUGAACUACAAAUCCCAGGAUUCCAUAGGAUAUAGCUAUGAUUAUGGAAUUGGUAUCAAACUACUAUAGCACUACAAUAGCUAUAUUCUCUGUAGCCUCAUGGAGAUUUUAAAGCUUUUUUUUUAAUCUGCAUUUCUAUAGAUUGUCAGAGGAUGGGGAAACUGCUAUUUUAUUUUGGGACAGCCGUGUUCUACUCCCAAAUGGAUAGACAUAGGAAAUACACACAGACAUACAUACAUUCGACUGUGGUUUAUGUGAAUGAAUAGCAUUACCUCCAAGCAUUAUCCAUACAAAAAGUCUUGGCAUGGGUCUAAUUUUUUUACAAAGCUAUUUUUUUGAAGGGAGCAACUAGUAGUUUUGCCUGUAGUUUUUAAAGACUGUUUGGGAUCAGGACCCACAGUUUAAGAAGCAGUGCUCUUGAUCACACUUGUCAAAUGCAAGGUCGGCAUGCUAAAUCCAGUGUGCCACAUUGUUUUAUGUGGCCUGCAAGGCUUUCAAUGCCAGGGCAACAUUUAUACAGCCUUGCAAUUACAAAUGGCCUUUUCAAGGCAAACAUAAGGCCCUUAGUGAAAAUGAGUUUGACACCCCAUGCUAGAUGCUGCAGUAGAAUCAGUGCUGGAACUGUUAAUAUUUUUGCAGCCAAAAAGAUUGCAUGAAAACUAGCUAUUACAUAAUGAAAAACAAAUUAAAUUAAUAUCUGUACAUUGAGCUGCAGCAGGGAGCAGCAGCAGGUGGGGAUAGAUUUUUACCAUCAUUAAAGCUCCCAGCUAGUUAAUAUUGAUUUUGCAAUUACAAUAAACUGAGUUUUAAACAGAAUAGGGAAAUUGCCCUCGCUGAGUAUUACUGUAAUAUACACUGGAUGGAAAGGCAGAAAAAGAGUAUUCAGAAGUACGGUUUCUGUGCCUCUAUCUUAUCAACAUUUGGAAAUUGUACCUUUUCAGUCCCCACAGCUCCCAAAACUGCCUUGGCUAGCAUGAAUCUAUGGCUUUGCAGGGUAAGAGAUCCUGGAAAAUGUAGUUCACCCCCUACCCCUUAAGGAGGCAAUCUGAACUUUAGAAGUAGUGGAGGGGGUAGGGGGUGAACUACAUUUUCCAGGAUCUCUUACCCCGCAAAGCCAUAGAUUCAUGCUAGCCAAGACAGUUUUGGGAGCUGUGGGGACUGAAAAGGUACAAUUUCCAAAUGUUGAUAAGAUAGAGGCACAGAGACCGUACUUCUUAAUACUAAAUAGCUGCUGAUCAUUUGUAAAUCUCAUCCUGCAACAAUUAGCAUUUGUGGAGAGAGAAUUCAGAAUAGAUGUGAUAGAGAGGCAUACUUUCAAGGGACUUGGGCAGACAGGUUUACCAAUUGGUUCAAAAGUUUUUCAUGGAGAGUCUCAUUCAUGUCUCAGUCCCCACAUGACUAAAACAGAGUUACCUCUGCCUGCAUUGAGAUCCCACCAAACAAACUGAACAACAGAAAAAACAUCUGAUACAAAAUGUAGACCUUUGACUCAACACCAUCACUUUUUCGUUUCUUCUGCAUGGUUUUUAAAAUGUAUUUUGUGUGUUGUAGAGGGAACCGACAGAGCUUCAAAAUCACACAUGAAGUGUUUUGCGCAUUUUGGUUGACCAAUAAUGUAUCACUCUUUUAUGGAUUUUGUUUUAUUUUUCUGUAUGGACAAUACGACUGCUCUGAAAAUGGUUCUUGUACAGAGUAAUAGAUAUCACUUUGUUCUAGGAACCUCUUGAUUGGCUUUCCCAAGUCAUCCUAGCUAUGGGCAAUGGAAAUUCUCCCUCCCAUUGAUCAGAGCUAUGGCUGCAUUAAGAAUUUCUCUAGAAUCACUUGUAUUAUGUCUUUCAACCACCCUAAGGUCUUAGUCUUACAGAAGAACUUAAAUGCCAAAUAACUGCUGAUCACGUGCAAAUCCUUAUUCUGCAAAAGUUAGGGGAAAUGUUUACUGACCUUUGAAAAACCACCAAUCUCCAGAGGUUUGCUUCUUACAGAGAAAGGAAACAAACAGAAUCAUUGAGUUGGAAGAGACCACAGUCCAACCCCUUGCUAUAUGGCGUUCACAAGAGAGGUGUGCAAGUAGAAAUUUAUAUCCUUUCCCAUCCCUCAACCACAACUUUUCGCAACCUGGCAUAUUGUUCUUUAUAUGUAUUGAUCUCAGGUUAUUUUUUUAUGUGAAGUAAGCUUUUUACAUUACAAUCCACCUGGCUUCACUGCAGAUAUGCUUUUGCAGUAUUUACUUUUUGCAAGCUUUCACACGAAGAACUUCUGCUAAUGAUUCACCUGAAUAAUUUUGGCAGCACUUUUUACAACAUUUCUGUUGGAUUAGGUCUUUGGCACACUGUGCUUGCAAGGGCCUUAAAUCUCAGAUUAUUUCUUCCUUGCAUGUCAGGACAAAUAAUUACAAUAGUUUUCUAUUAGUAUAGUGUUUUUUGACAAUUGACUAUUUUUUUAUGUUCAUGUUGGAAACCGCCCUGAGUCCUCUCGAGGAGAUGGAAUGGUAUAUAAAUAAAGUUUAUUAUUAUUAUUAUUAUUAUUAUUAUUAUUAUUAUAUUUUACUUUCUCUCUACAGUAUUCUCUUUGCAUUCAAAAUAUUGUAGAGGAAUCAUUCUGUGGAGAAGACCACAUGACUCAUUGUGCAAAGAAAGUGCUUUCUGUACUAAAAAUCCAUUUUCUGCUUUGAAAAUAAGUUUUUAGUCCCCCUCUCACCAAAACACACAUUUUCUCUGUAGCAUAAUUCCUCCACAAUAAAUCUGGACAUUCAAAUACCAGGAAAGAAAACUGCACAAAACUCUCAUUUGAGGAUUAUUCCUUUGCUAUUUUUUUUACUUCACACGGUUUUUGUGAAGUUGGUAGUGGAAAGAACCAUGAGCUCCCCUCAAGCUACUCAGAGAGAAAGCGAGAUAUUCGAGUGGUAAAUGUAUUUUAUUAGUCAUUUGGUAGCAUUUCAUUUCGAUUUCACUGCAUACAGCAUAUCAGAAAUCUAUUUUCUGAGACAUUUAAAAAAAUAUAUAAAAAUGCAUUUGUGUUUUAUCCUCUGACUUCAGGUGCCAAAAUAGAGCUGACUUACUUGUUCUGCUAAGCCUUAUAAAGCAUGUAUAUUGAUCAUUUUCGUAAUAAUAAUACAAUAUUCUUGAAAGCUAGCUGCUUCAUUUGACCUUUUAAUCUCGCCCUGCUUUUCAUGUUUCUAUUCCAUGCAUGUUUCCUUGUUUUGGAUCAGUAAGGAAGGAGUGGAAAUUGUGAAGCCAGCUGAAGAAACACUUCAUUAUUGCCAAUUUGCUAUUUUCCUGAGUUUGUAUAUAAUACUUAACCAUAUCUAACCACCAUAGUUGCAUAAUUGUUUUUGCUUGUUGUUUUUAAACAGCUCUGGAAAAGAGAAAGAGCUUUGAAACAGGAAAGAACCCAUAACUAUAUAUCUGCUAUGCUCAAUAUUAUUUAUUCCAAAUAUAUCUUUUGAAUUUUAUCACAUCUAUUAUCGAUGCUCUGGUUUGAUCCCUAAAUGUUUACUAUAUAAUUUGUUUUGGCUAAUUGUAUAAUUGAAUGACUUGCAGUGUUUCCUAUAAUAAACUUUUUUCUUCUCUAGACAGCAAUUUCCCCCUGUUUUGAAUGCAAUGAUAUUCACGCAGCCGUGUCCUAUUUGUAUGUUUGUUUAUUUAAGCCCCACUAAGAAAGCUCACACGGUAUUUGGAUAUGGAUCUGUAUUUAUGAUGUUUUAGUCAGAACUUGGGGAAAAGUCAUUAUGGUAAUUAAUUUCUUAAGCCAUCAAUUAUUCCCAGGGUGAACUAUUUAUUUUUUAAACAAUUGGCUAUUAACUGGUUGUUGAGGAAGCUUUUAAAAUGGUAAUUAAAUAGUGGUUACUGUGUUCUCCCCACCUUGUUAUAUUUCCAAUGCUUUUGUAGUAAAUUGUUUUAAUGCAGUGCUUAACUGUCUUUUAAAAAUGGUUCUCCAGUUUUAUAAGUGAAUGAGCUGUAUAGUAUUCUGCUUUAAUACACAUUGUAAGCUGCCUUGGGUCCUGUAAUGGGAGAAAGGUGCUGUAUAAAAAAAAUGAACAAAUAAACCAACUUGUUUCGUAAUGUGA